AUGCAUGAACCAUCAUCGAAUGGUUCAUACGGAGAAGAUCAAGUUAAUAUCACAACAAUUGACACUGCAAUGACAAAAUGGUUGAUUCCAGCUCAGUUUCGUGACGAAGUAUCAAAGAAUAUUCGUUUGUUAGUCUUAGCAGCCAUUGAAGGAACUUAUUUAGCUCAGGGAUUUAUGUUUAAUGUUACAUCUGAAGCUCAAUUAACCACGUUAAUCAUUGCUACAAGACGAGCUCAAGACUCAGCUAAUGCCAAUGCAUCAGUGGCUGUUAUGUUUGUAACUAUAGAUUCCCGUGCAGCAGUCAAACAAUUAUACUCAGUACAUCACUAUCAACAUUGUUGGAUCUGUCCCAAAUGUCUAUGGAUAUCGAAAUGUUGUUGUGAAGGAAGAGUGCGACAUGAUCCACGUGGUCACUCUCCAGAAGAAUUGAGCAUUGUAAUGCGAAAAAUUCGAGCCGAUCAAUCAAUCUGGUUUAAUGAGCAUUUCUCCAAAAAUAAAACACACAUGUCAUCAAAACGUUCACUAUUUCGUAAGGAAGAUAGUGACCGUCUCGACUUAGUGCAAAUCAUUGAAAAAUAUAUCUCAAAAAAUACGGUGAAAGCCGAAGUAUUGGCAUCAUACAAUGAUUCCAUUCUAAGUGCAUUACAAUCGAAUAUGACUUCCUUGAAAUUAUCAACUGAAGCAUUAAAAUUGACGAAGAUUCGAAGCGAAAAUGUGCCCAUAUUGUUAACAUCACUAGCCAAUAAUUAUGGUUUCGAUUUAAGUCAAUUUAAUUCACAACAAUAUGGUUCGGAACGAUUUUCCUUCGAACAUCUUUUCACAUCCUCAAUCGAUAAUGCAAGUAAUGAAAUGAGCAUAAAAUAUAUUUGGAUUAUUGGACAGCAAAAUGACAAUUCAACAUUCACAAUACACUUUCUGUAUUCGUAUAUCACGUCAAAAUUAUUAAUACGACAAUUAUUAGCCAAUAUUUCGAACGAAGAUCGUCAAUUGAAAAUUUUACGAACGUCGACAUUCGACGAUAAUGGUGAAUUUUUAAAGGAGCAGUUAUCAACUUAUAUAACGACAUGGCAAGUGAAGACGACACAUAUUGCAUUGAAUAUUCUUCGCUUUAUUGGCGCGACUAAACUCGUUCCAGUAAAUCGCUAUAGAAUGUUAUCCUAUUUUAAUCCUGAAAUUCUUUCACCGAAAAAUAUGUCGAAUAUCAUUGAUCGGUCUGAGCCUCGGAGUAUUUCUGCUAAGAUUAUAGCUUUGUCUCAAGCUGUUUCUUCUGCAACGAAAGCCGUUAAAGAUGUAAUUGAUACAAUCAAAUCAAGUAGUUCAACAACAAUUACACGAGUGACUCGAUUCGGUUUCAACUACUUUAAUCAAAAAUCAAGCGUUUUGAAAGCUAUGGAAAUACCCGCUGCGCGAGCUGAACAAUUUAUUCAAGCACUUAUACUCGAUUACAAUCUACCAUCAAAAGGCAGCUUUAUGCUAGGCUUAACUUAUUCGGAUGAUUUUGCGUGGGAUAGUAUUCAAUAUCUUUAUUCACCAUCCAUGAAUGGAUCAUACCGUUCUCUUACUGUGUUCAAAAAUGGAGAUAGCAUUCAAAAUACAGCUUCGUUCUUUAUUGUGGAUAUUAAUGCUAAUUGGGAUUUAGCACCUGAUCUAUUAAUUAUCACCAAACAAACAAGCAUUUUAGGUGGUCUGUGGUCAUCAUCGAAGCAAUCAAUACAACAAGUGCCACACGUUCUAACAUUGGAUGAAGCAAUGAAAUUACAACAAUUCUUCAUGGCUAUUGCACUAAGCAAUAUGGUAAAAACAUUCGGCGUCAAUGUUACCUUUCCAACAUUACAAUAA